AUGACAGUUCAUAAUGAAACUUGGUCACGGAAAUUGUGUAAGGUUUUACGACACUGUGCACCUAAUUAUGGGCUUUAUAUGAAUAGUGAUGGAUUUGUUUCUGUAGAUGCCUUACUAUCUCAUCCUGCUUUCCGAGGAUUAACUGUUUCUCAGCUUAAGCAAAUUGUUGCAGAAAAUAAUAAAUCUCGUUUUGUUCUUUAUACUGAUCCUCAGACACAAGAACUUUUUAUCCGAGCUGCUCAAGGACAUUCAAUCCCUCUUCAAGAUGAUCUUCUUUUGGAGCGUAUUAUUUUCAAAGAUCAGUUCCCGAAAACAACUGUUCAUGCAACAACUCGUCAAAAAUGGAUCCAGAUUUAUAAGUCUGGUGGAUUAUCUGCCAUGAAGCGCAAUCAUAUUCACCUUACUUCUUAUCCAGAAUGCUUGGGCGGCACUACUGUCCCUCAAAUACGUGCUUCUGCUGAUGUUCUUAUUUUAGUCGAUGUUUAUAAUGCUUUUGAUCAUGGUAUUCCCUUUUUUUGGUCUACAAAUAAGGUACUUUUGACACCUGGAGCUCCUGCAACACCUGGUUGGCUUCCAUUACAAUAUCUGAUUGGUGCUAUUACACGUACUGGUGAACCUCUUAUAUUUCCUCCUGAUUCUUUUGCUUCUGCUUCUUUUCAUGUUUCUACAAUACCUUAA